CCUAAAAAUCACGAAAAUGCCCUCCGGAAAAAUUCGACCAAAUUCCCGCCCCAAUCGGCCAUUGCUAGAAUUCAUCGUUGGUGGAGAGUACCCUAAGCCCGACUCUGUGAUUUAUCGCCUUCAAAAUCCAACGAAAAUGGCAUUUCCAAAAAAUCGCCCGAAAUCGGUGAUGGUACCCCUUUGGAAUCUGGCAAAAAUUGCCCCGGAGAUUUUCCGCCCGAAUCGGUGUUUAAUAGACUUAUUCAUCCGUAAAGAAUACCCUCUGGCUGAAUCUGUGAUCUGCAGUCUUCAAAAUCUAAGGAAAAUGACAUUCCGAAAAAAUCGCCUAAAAAUCACGAAAAUGCCCUCCGGAAAAAUUCGACCAAAUUCCCGCCCCAAUCGGCCAUUGCUAGAAUUCAUCGUUGGUGGAGAGUACCCUAAGCCCGACUCUGUGAUUUAUCGCCUUCAAAAUCCAACGAAAAUGGCAUUUCCAAAAAAUCGCCCGAAAUCGGUGAUGGUACCCCUUUGGAAUCUGGCAAAAAUUGCCCCGGAGAUUUUCCGCCCGAAUCGGUGUCUAAUAGACUUAUUCAUCCGUAAAGAAUACCCUCUGGCUGAAUCUGUGAUCUGCAGUCUUCAAAAUCUAAGGAAAAUGACAUUCCGAAAAAAUCGCCUAAAAAUCACGAAAAUGCCCUCCGGAAAAAUUCGACCAAAUUCCCGCCCCAAUCGGCCAUUGCUAGAAUUCAUCGUUGGUGGAGAGUACCCUAAGCCCGACUCUGUGAUUUAUCGCCUUCAAAAUCCAACGAAAAUGGCAUUUCCAAAAAAUCGCCCGAAAUCGGUGAUGGUACUCCUUUGGAAUCUGGCAAAAAUUGCCCCGGAGAUUUUCCGCCCGAAUCGGUGUCUAAUAGACUUAUUCAUCCGUAAAGAAUACCCUCUGGCUGAAUCUGUGAUCUGCAGUCUUCAAAAUCUAAGGAAAAUGACAUUCCGAAAAAAUCGCCUAAAAAUCACGAAAAUGCCCUCCGGAAAAAUUCGACCAAAUUCCCGCCCCAAUCGGCCAUUGCUAGAAUUCAUCGUUGGUGGAGAGUACCCUAAGCCCGACUCUGUGAUUUAUCGCCUUCAAAAUCCAACGAAAAUGGCAUUUCCAAAAAAUCGCCCGAAAUCGGUGAUGGUACCCCUUUGGAAUCUGGCAAAAAUUGCCCCGGAGAUUUUCCGCCCGAAUCGGUGUUUAAUAGACUUAUUCAUCCGUAAAGAAUACCCUCUGGCUGAAUCUGUGAUCUGCAGUCUUCAAAAUCUAAGGAAAAUGACAUUCCGAAAAAAUCGCCUAAAAAUCACGAAAAUGCCCUCCGGAAAAAUUCGACCAAAUUCCCGCCCCAAUCGGCCAUUGCUAGAAUUCAUCGUUGGUGGAGAGUACCCUAAGCCCGACUCUGUGAUUUAUCGCCUUCAAAAUCCAACGAAAAUGGCAUUUCCAAAAAAUCGCCCGAAAUCGGUGAUGGUACCCCUUUGGAAUCUGGCAAAAAUUGCCCCGGAGAUUUUCCGCCCGAAUCGGUGUCUAAUAGACUUAUUCAUCCGUAAAGAAUACCCUCUGGCUGAAUCUGUGAUCUGCAGUCUUCAAAAUCUAAGGAAAAUGACAUUCCGAAAAAAUCGCCUAAAAAUCACGAAAAUGCCCUCCGGAAAAAUUCGACCAAAUUCCCGCCCCAAUCGGCCAUUGCUAGAAUUCAUCGUUGGUGGAGAGUACCCUAAGCCCGACUCUGUGAUUUAUCGCCUUCAAAAUCCAACGAAAAUGGCAUUUCCAAAAAAUCGCCCGAAAUCGGUGAUGGUACUCCUUUGGAAUCUGGCAAAAAUUGCCCCGGAGAUUUUCCGCCCGAAUCGGUGUCUAAUAGACUUAUUCAUCCGUAAAGAAUACCCUCUGGCUGAAUCUGUGAUCUGCAGUCUUCAAAAUCUAAGGAAAAUGACAUUCCGAAAAAAUCGCCUAAAAAUCACGAAAAUGCCCUCCGGAAAAAUUCGACCAAAUUCCCGCCCCAAUCGGCCAUUGCUAGAAUUCAUCGUUGGUGGAGAGUACCCUAAGCCCGACUCUGUGAUUUAUCGCCUUCAAAAUCCAACGAAAAUGGCAUUUCCAAAAAAUCGCCCGAAAUCGGUGAUGGUACCCCUUUGGAAUCUGGCAAAAAUUGCCCCGGAGAUUUUCCGCCCGAAUCGGUGUUAAUAGACUUAUUCAUCCGUAAAGAAUACCCUCUGGCUGAAUCUGUGAUCUGCAGUCUUCAAAAUCUAAGGAAAAUGACAUUCCGAAAAAAUCGCCUAAAAAUCACGAAAAUGCCCUCCGGAAAAAUUCGACCAAAUUCCCGCCCCAAUCGGCCAUUGCUAGAAUUCAUCGUUGGUGGAGAGUACCCUAAGCCCGACUCUGUGAUUUAUCGCCUUCAAAAUCCAACGAAAAUGGCAUUUCCAAAAAAUCGCCCGAAAUCGGUGAUGGUACCCCUUUGGAAUCUGGCAAAAAUUGCCCCGGAGAUUUUCCGCCCGAAUCGGUGUUUAAUAGACUUAUUCAUCCGUAAAGAAUACCCUCUGGCUGAAUCUGUGAUCUGCAGUCUUCAAAAUCUAAGGAAAAUGACAUUCCGAAAAAAUCGCCUAAAAAUCACGAAAAUGCCCUCCGGAAAAAUUCGACCAAAUUCCCGCCCCAAUCGGCCAUUGCUAGAAUUCAUCGUUGGUGGAGAGUACCCUAAGCCCGACUCUGUGAUUUAUCGCCUUCAAAAUCCAACGAAAAUGGCAUUUCCAAAAAAUCGCCCGAAAUCGGUGAUGGUACCCCUUUGGAAUCUGGCAAAAAUUGCCCCGGAGAUUUUCCGCCCGAAUCGGUGUUUAAUAGACUUAUUCAUCCGUAAAGAAUACCCUCUGGCUGAAUCUGUGAUCUGCAGUCUUCAAAAUCUAAGGAAAAUGACAUUCCGAAAAAAUCGCCUAAAAAUCACGAAAAUGCCCUCCGGAAAAAUUCGACCAAAUUCCCGCCCCAAUCGGCCAUUGCUAGAAUUCAUCGUUGGUGGAGAGUACCCUAAGCCCGACUCUGUGAUUUAUCGCCUUCAAAAUCCAACGAAAAUGGCAUUUCCAAAAAAUCGCCCGAAAUCGGUGAUGGUACCCCUUUGGAAUCUGGCAAAAAUUGCCCCGGAGAUUUUCCGCCCGAAUCGGUGUCUAAUAGACUUAUUCAUCCGUAAAGAAUACCCUCUGGCUGAAUCUGUGAUCUGCAGUCUUCAAAAUCUAAGGAAAAUGACAUUCCGAAAAAAUCGCCUAAAAAUCACGAAAAUGCCCUCCGGAAAAAUUCGACCAAAUUCCCGCCCCAAUCGGCCAUUGCUAGAAUUCAUCGUUGGUGGAGAGUACCCUAAGCCCGACUCUGUGAUUUAUCGCCUUCAAAAUCCAACGAAAAUGGCAUUUCCAAAAAAUCGCCCGAAAUCGGUGAUGGUACUCCUUUGGAAUCUGGCAAAAAUUGCCCCGGAGAUUUUCCGCCCGAAUCGGUGUCUAAUAGACUUAUUCAUCCGUAAAGAAUACCCUCUGGCUGAAUCUGUGAUCUGCAGUCUUCAAAAUCUAAGGAAAAUGACAUUCCGAAAAAAUCGCCUAAAAAUCACGAAAAUGCCCUCCGGAAAAAUUCGACCAAAUUCCCGCCCCAAUCGGCCAUUGCUAGAAUUCAUCGUUGGUGGAGAGUACCCUAAGCCCGACUCUGUGAUUUAUCGCCUUCAAAAUCCAACGAAAAUGGCAUUUCCAAAAAAUCGCCCGAAAUCGGUGAUGGUACCCCUUUGGAAUCUGGCAAAAAUUGCCCCGGAGAUUUUCCGCCCGAAUCGGUGUUUAAUAGACUUAUUCAUCCGUAAAGAAUACCCUCUGGCUGAAUCUGUGAUCUGCAGUCUUCAAAAUCUAAGGAAAAUGACAUUCCGAAAAAAUCGCCUAAAAAUCACGAAAAUGCCCUCCGGAAAAAUUCGACCAAAUUCCCGCCCCAAUCGGCCAUUGCUAGAAUUCAUCGUUGGUGGAGAGUACCCUAAGCCCGACUCUGUGAUUUAUCGCCUUCAAAAUCCAACGAAAAUGGCAUUUCCAAAAAAUCGCCCGAAAUCGGUGAUGGUACCCCUUUGGAAUCUGGCAAAAAUUGCCCCGGAGAUUUUCCGCCCGAAUCGGUGUCUAAUAGACUUAUUCAUCCGUA